AAGAACAAAUACAAAGCAGAACAAUCGCAUCCAUUUUGGAGGAAGAGAAUUAGUCAAUUGAAACAGAGAGAGGAAAACAAUGGUUGGCACAGAGAAGGGACACACAGUCUUGGAAGUUGGAGCUGAUGGGGUAGCCAUCAUCACCAUCAUCAACCCUCCUGUGAAUUCCCUCUCCUUUGAUGUAUUCCACAGUUUAAAGGAGAGUUAUGAUCAAGCUUUGCAGAGAGAAGAUGUCAAGGCAAUUGUUGUUACAGGCGCAAAGGGAAAAUUUUCUGGUGGUUUUGAUAUUACUGCAUUUGGUAGCAUGCAAGAGGGAAAAGUGCAUUCAAAGCCUGGUUUGAUAUCGGUAGAAAUCCUCACCGACACUUUAGAAGCGGCUAGGAAACCUUCAGUAGCUGCCAUUGAUGGCCUUGCCCUGGGUGGGGGGUUAGAGGUUGCAAUGGCAUGCACCGCACGGAUAUCAACCCCAGCUGCUCAACUAGGUUUGCCUGAACUUCAGCUUGGAGUAAUUCCUGGAGGUGGAGGAACUCAGCGACUUCCUCGUCUUGUUGGCCUGGCUAAGGCCCUUGAGAUGAUGCUGACCUCAAAGCCAAUUAAAGGGGAGGAAGCUUAUAGUUUGGGGCUUGUAGAUGCUGUAGUGUCACCUGAUAAGUUGGUAAACACUGCACGCCAAUGGGCUCUGGAUAUUUUGAACCGACGACGACCAUGGGUUGCUAGUCUUUACAAGACUGACAAAAUAGAAUCCCUCGGGGAAGCAAGAGAGAUAUUGAAGUUUGCAAGAGCUCAGACGCGACAACGGGCUCCUAAUCUUAAGCACCCUUUGGUUUGCAUUGAUGUUAUCGAAGAGGGAAUAGUUUCUGGUCCCCGUGCAGGACUCUGGAAGGAGGCUGAAGCCUUCGAAGCACUGGUGGCUUCAGAUACUUGUAAGAGCUUGAUUCACAUAUUUUUCGCUCAGCGAGGAACAUCGAAGGUGCCUGGGGUUACUGAUCGUGGUUUGGCUCCAAGACCGGUGAAAAGAGUUGCGAUCCUUGGUGGAGGACUAAUGGGCUCUGGAAUAGCAACAGCUUUAAUUCUUAGUAACUAUCCUGUCAUCUUGAAAGAAGUAAAUCAGAAGUUCUUGGAUGCAGGUGUUAAUAGGGUUAAAGCAAAUUUACAAAGCAGUGUCAAGAAAGGGAAAAUGUCUAUGGAAAAAUUUGAAAAGACCUUCUCUCUUCUCAAAGGUACCCUUGACUAUGAAAGCUUCAAAGAUGUGGACAUGGUGAUAGAGGCUGUUAUUGAGAAUGUUUCCUUAAAGCAACAGAUCUUUGCUGACCUUGAAAAGUAUUGUCCUCCUCAUUGUAUACUUGCAAGUAACACUUCCACAAUUGACUUGGACCUGAUUGGAGAGAGAACCAAGUCUCAAGAUCGGAUUGUUGGAGCCCAUUUCUUCAGCCCAGCGCAUGUUAUGCCACUUCUGGAAAUUGUACGUACUAAGCGGACAUCUUCCCAAAUUAUAGUUGACUUGCUGGAUAUUGGAAGGAGGAUAAAGAAAACUCCGGUGGUGGUUGGAAACUGUACAGGAUUUGCUGUUAAUAGGAUGUUCUUCCCAUAUACUCAAGCAGCAAUCUUGCUUGUUGAACGUGGUGCAGAUGUUUAUCAAAUCGAUAAGGCAAUAACCAAAUUUGGGAUGCCCAUGGGGCCUUUCAGAUUGGUUGACCUUGUUGGUUUUGGCGUGGGGGUUGCAACUGCCAUGCAAUUUAUAGAGAAUUUUCCUGAGCGAACUUAUAAAUCAAUGCUUCUUCCACUUAUGCAAGAAGAUAAGAGAGCAGGUGAAACAACUCGCAAAGGGUUUUAUUUGUAUAAUGAUAAACGCAAGGCUAGUCCUGAUCCUGAAUUGAAGAAGUAUAUUGAGAAGUCUAGGAGCAUUUCUGGUGUCACUAUUGAUCCUAAGCUUGUUAAAUUAUCAGAAAAGGACAUCAUAGAGAUGGUCUUCUUUCCUGUGGUGAAUGAGGCUUGCCGGGUCCUUGAUGAAGGCAUUGCAGUUAAAGCAGCAGAUCUUGAUAUUUCAGCUGUCAUGGGCAUGGGCUUUCCACCUUACAGGGGAGGUAUCAUAUUCUGGGCUGACUCUCUUGGAUCCAAAUACAUAUACUCAAGAUUGGAGGAAUGGUCAAAACUGUAUGGAGAAUUCUUCAAGCCUUGUGCCUACUUGGCUGCAAGAGCUUCCAAGGGGAUGCCUCUGAGUGCCUCAGUGGAGCAAGCAAAGUCACGGUUAUAAGAUUCAACACCUUAUUACAUGUUUGCUUGAUUAGAUUUUCUUUCCCGCUUUAUUUCUCCUUUCCAAAGAUAGGGACAUGCUUCAAAAAGAGCCAAAUAACGUAUGAAGAGGGAAGUAGAUUUUAACAAUUUUAUAGUUUGUGAUACAUUUUCGUAUAUUUUAUUACAAUAAUACAAUCU